ACAGCACACAGACACCCGGCAGGGACAACACAUCGCCCUCAUGGGGAUCCAGAAGAUUCUUUGGAUGUGUGUUCUGCUCCAGGCAGGACUUUUAGACAAAGUUAGUGGAUUAUCCAAUACCCAGGUUUGUAACCCAGGUGUUGGUGACACCAUAUUGAACUAUGGUGCGAAAACCAUAAAUGGGACCCAAUACAUCCCAUUCUCCCAUUAUGCUGGAAAGCAUGUCCUCAUCGUCAAUGUGGCCACCUACUGAGGACUCACCUUCCAGUAUGUGGAAUUGAAUGCACUACACAAGGAGCUCCAUGAUGUUGGAUUCACUAUUCUCGGGUUUCCUUGCAACCAGUUUGGGAUACAAGAGCCUGGGGAAAAUUAUGAAAUUCUUCCUACAUUAAAGUAUGUCCGUCCAGGCAAUGGAUUUGUUCCAAACUUUCAGUUAUUUGAGAAGGGGGAUGUGAAUGGAGAGAAUGAACAGGCCCUUUUCACAUUUCUAAAGAAUGCGUGCCCACCUGUGGGAGACAGCUUUGGAAACCCUGCCAACAGAUUGUUUUGGGAACCUCUCAAGAUCAAUGACAUCAAGUGGAACUUUGAGAAGUUUCUUGUGGGUCCUGAUGGUAAACCUAUAAUGAGGUGGUUUUCCAGGGUGACCGUAUCUGAAGUGAGAGCAGACAUCCUUAAAUACUUCCAUCAGCUUGUUCAAAAGGCUGAUUAAGUUUGAAACUGUGGAUUCAAUUGUACAUUCCUCUUUCUCUCUCUUUCUCUCCUGCCUAAACUGUUACACUAGGUGACACCAAGAUUAUACUGUAUGUGGUUAAGUUUAAAAAUGUAAACCUUUGUGAAUUGGAUUUUUGUUACAAGAAUAUUAACAGUAUAAAAUAGUUUCAAGACUGGCCCUUCCAGAGGCCACAAGCAGCAGGUCAAGGUGUCAGUUAGAAGACCGGCAUGUGGAUGACGGGAAGGCUUGAAAACAGACACUCUGUGGUGCCGGACCUGAAAAUGCAGGCCAGUGGGCAGCUCUUUAGUGCAUUCAGGCUGCUCAGCUGUUCCCUUGCAAUCAUGCCUCAUCUCCUAAACGAUCCUUCCAACUUGCUGUUGUGGCUGUUAAGUAAAUAAAGAUUGAUGCAAUAAACUAAAUGUUUCCCUUUGAU